GCUCUUCAUAGAUGUUUCUUUUCAAGAAGCCGUUCUUUAUGCGUGAAGUCGUGUGCUCUGUAAUUUCUCUGUAAUUUCUUUAAUCAGUUUACAUCUACGUUUUUGAAUAAGAAUUUUCAGAUAAAACUGCUAUAAUGCCUCCCAAGUUCGAUCCUAAUGAAAUCAAGAAAGUGUAUUUGCGAUGCGUUGGUGGCGAAGUGGGAGCCACUUCAUCCCUUGCUCCAAAAAUUGGUCCCCUUGGUUUGUCUCCCAAAAAAGUAGGUGAUGACAUUGCUAAAGCUACUAGUGACUGGAAGGGAUUAAAAAUCACAGUACAAUUGACUAUUCAAAACAGACAGGCUACAAUUUCAGUUGUGCCUUCUGCAGCUUCCCUUAUUAUUAAAGCCCUCAAAGAACCACCCAGAGAUCGCAAAAGGCAAAAGAAUAUCAAGCAUAGUGGUAAUUUAAGCUUUGAUGAUAUUGUUACCAUUGCCCGUGCCAUGAGAUCAAGAUCAAUGUCACGGACACUUAGUGGCACUGUUAAGGAGAUCUUAGGCACAUGCCAAUCAGUUGGAUGUACCGUGGAAGGCAGACCACCCCACGACCUCAUAGAUGAUAUUAAUGCAGGAGAAUUGGAAGUUCCUGAGGAAUAAUUGCUGAUUUUUGUAAGAUGCAGAAAAU